UUUUUUUUUUUUUUUUUCCUUUUUCUUUUUAUUAUUUCUGUCUCUGCUUCCCCUCCAUUACAGUAAUUAGUUACCUGCUCUUCUUCUCUGCCCGAGUUCGCUUGGGUGUUGUCAUCGUGAGCUUGUGACGACACCUGCCACGAACGUCCCCUCUUUGCUCUCAACUUCCCCUCUUCUCCCUCCCCACCAUUUUUAUUACUAAGGUAUACAUACAUCUGAUCUUCUGACAGCUCGCUUGGCCCAAUUUAUUUUAAUCGAGCGCUGUCCUGGAAAGGGAAAAAUACCAAGAGGACGUCAAGUGUUGUCAAUCUCUCGGCAUUUGGGUGCCAAACGUCAUCCCUCUGUCUUCUUUCUUAGGCAGACGAAUUCUGUCAAACCCUCCGGCCAACGGGAAACAUCUCCCCUUUUAAGGCUGCUAGUGUCUCGUUCUAGAAGCCAACAUACUGUUCGGAUUGAUCGCGUCUGCCAUCUCGCUUGAUUUACGAUGUCGCAACACGACAAUCCCUCUCGGGAUUCGAAUGAAGCCAACCACACUUCCCCGCCGGGACAGGUUCUGACGGGAAAGCAAGAACACUAUCUCAAGCGCGAACUCAUCGCUCGUCAAGUCCGCGGUGAAAUCACCGAGUUGAACUCACCUACCGCCCUCCACCGCUUCGGAGCACCCUUCAAGUCAGACGUCGGGGAAGUCGCCCCGGUUGAUUCUGAACUCCCCAUCCUCCGAUAUAUCUUUGUACACCAUGUGCGCAACUUUCCGUUUCUCGACCAGGCUCGUGAGAAGGAGUUUUGGCAGGAUAAACUACAAGUGUUUCUUGAAUCCUUCGCGAACAAGCAUGUAUCGUCAUCAGAAGACCGUCUAGAGGAGACGAAGCGCAGAAAGUUGGCUCGGAAAUGUGAGAAGCUCGUCGAGCUCAUGAUGGUCUCGGGUAUCCCUACGGCAUCGGGAUACGAGGAACGGAUACAAUUCUCGGAGAUGGAAGUCGUGGACCGUGGGGCGAAUGAAAAUGGUUUGCUCGUCAAUAUGCCGGAGGGUCAUGCGAUCCAUGGGUGGGAUGUUAAUGUGGCCGCUGUGCGAAUUGCAUCCAUUAGGCGGACAGUGAGAUAUCAUCAACAUGCAGAAUUUAUCCUUCGUGUGCGACGAGACGCAAAGACUGAUGUCUUGGUGGCCCGAAGAUAUGGAGAAUUUGCCAAGCUUCAUAAGAGACUACGGACUGAAUUCCCUGGCAAAAUCCUGCCCCCUCUUCCAAGAAAGAACAAAUCAUCGACCUCUAGCUUUUUCUCAUCUGGAGACGAUGAUGCUUCUUCGGUUUCGUCGUUGUCGACAGAGAGUACCAACGUUCCCGAGGAGGGGUAUGUCUCCCGGACGCUGACCCCCGGGAAUCAUCAUCACCGGUCUCUGUCCAGGUCGUCUAGGAGGUCAUCCAAGUCGCCAAGAGCUUCGUCAGAGGUCCCCAGAGAGGCCUUGCUCUAUAGAGAAGAGCAGCGGGUGUCUCUUCGAGCAUUCCUCCGCACGAUACUACAAAAUAAGCGGAUCGCCGAGUCGAAGGCUGUGGAGGAAUUCUUGACUGCCCAGCCCGUCACUUUGAAUGAAGAAGAGCAGAUUGAUAUGCAAAGAAGAAAGGAGGCAGAUGCUGUCAGAGUGGAAGAGCAGAGACGGUUCUACGAGAUUGCGAGACAACGUGCUGCUGAGCUGGACGUUUACAUGGAGAAAUUCCGCAGAGAUAUUGUGGAGAGCAAUGGAUUGACCAAGCUGUUCUCGGAGAUUCGGGAGAAACCCACUAUCGCGGAUCUGAGUCCCCAGUACAAAAAAUUCGCCGAAUGGCUUCGCAUUGAGGUUGCUGCGACUGUAUACCAUCUGUUCUUGGCAGAAGACAACUCCCCAGAACUCUUUGCACAAGCCAAGAGGAUUCACUCCCUUGUCCCAUACACUCUGCUCAAGAACGUCAUCCGUAUCGCCAACCCUGCGGCUGUCAUGUCGGGUGUCUUGGAUCUUUUCCUGGCUCAACCAUUUGGCUCACGUUCUCUUUUGCAGCGUAUCUUCUCGAUGACUUUGAACGAUGGCAUAAAGGCCUUCCAGAAGUCAAUCGAUACGUUGGUUUCCAAGGUUGAUGACCCUGUCAUUAGCCAAAAGUUGAAGGCCUUUACCGAUGCGGAUGAGAUUGUUAAGAAUGAAAUCCGUGAAGAAGCGGCCGUAGAAGAUGUUGAUAUCAUUGUGGCCAUCCUUCGAUCGGAGCUGUUGCCGACGGAACUCACAACCGACCAGAUCGGAAAAAUAUUCAACGCAUAUGUUGCUUGGAACCAUGCGGUUGACAAUGUAGACCUGGAGAUGAAGGAAGGAGCACAAUGGUUCGCGCAUAUGAAGCAAUUACUGAAGCUUUACACCCGACAGCGUGACAAGGCCAUGAUGCUCAGCAUUGUCGAAGAACCCGUGACACUCCAACUUUUCCGUGACCUGUUCACGAUCUUCUACGAACCGUUGGUGAGGGUUUACAAGUCGGCAAAUGUAUACAGCAGCAUCACCGAUUUCGCUUUGUUUGCAGACGACGCCGUUGCGGUGAUUGAGAAAUGCCAGAGACAAGAUGUUUCAGCUGACCCUAACCAAACCGUUCAAGCCUUUAUCGAUCUUUGUGAGCGCCACGAGGCCAACUUUUACAAGUUUAUCCAUGAGGUCCACCUUCACGACAAUGGCCUGUUUGGCUCCCUGAUGACCUGGAUCGAGGAGAUUCUUGAUUUCCUGCGCAAAGGACCCAGCAGUGGCAAGCUUGACAUGAAUGCGUUGUUCCACGGGGCCAUGGACGUUGGACAGGUUGACAAGGAGAAGGCACUCAAGGAGAUCAACUCUCUCAUCGUAUGGCAUGAGGACAGGAAGCGCUGGCAUUUGAACAAGACCCGGCAAAAGAUGGCCGCUGAAGGAACUGGAAACGAUCCUUUCCCUACAUUCAAGGGAAGUGACUUCGGUCUAGAUGAGGCCGACCUUGACGAUCUUGCCAUUUCAGAUGCCGAAUCGGAAGAUGAGGAGGAAGCGGACGAGGAAGAGGACCUCGACCCUAUUGUUGCCGAACGACGACGGCGAUCCAAGAAACAGGACCAGCUUCGCCGCACAGCAGGUGAGCCGGUCAAGCCGGAGGUUGAGGAGAUUCUCAAGCUAUUAGAGCCAUUCGGGGUGAUGCUGAGACUUGUUCUUGCUGAAUAAGUCCGGUAGCCUCGUCAAUGAUACCCUGCAUAUCAGUCGUAUUAUAUACUUAGACUUGGUCGAUAUGGCACUGCAUGCAUUGCAUUACAUUAAUACAUUAUUAGUGUUGUGGUUGAGGAUUUUUAACACCUGGCACUUAUCUAGAUAUAGAGUAAUCGAAUCAAUAUUAUCUUCUAUGCUUCUUGUACGUGAUGC